CGUCAUCUACGCGCGCCCGCCCGAGCACCAUGAGACGCUGGUGGCGCACCGCCGCGACCUUGUCGCUCGGAGCGGUCCUCGGGGCGUCGGCAAGCCGCCUGUGGACGCACACGCCCGGCGACCAGCACCACCGAGAUGACGGCCUCCUGGCGCAAGCUCCGGUGGUACCGGUACCGCGCGUCCACGCCGCCGAACUGACGGUGAGUCCAGGUUCUUCUGGCGCGCUGAUGAAGUACGGCUUCCCGUCGCUGACCCACGUGAGGACCAGGGAGUCGUACGUCAGCUCGUACGACCCACGGACCAGAACGCCGUCGUGGGUCAUCGAGCGGCUCAGCGGCACCUCCCUCAGCGGCUCGGCGGACAGGAAGUUCUGCGACUUCAAGGAGGACGACAGCCUGCACGUCUACCACCGCGCCACCAACGCAGACUACAGGGGGAGUGGCCUCGACAGGGGUCACAUGGCCGCAGCAGCCAACCACAAGUGGAGCCAGAAAGCCAUGGAAGACACCUUCUACCUGAGCAACGUGGUCCCUCAGAACCCUCACCUGAACCAGAACGCUUGGAACAAUCUGGAGAAGUUGUGCCGCUCUCUGACCAAACGCUACGCAAACGUGUACGUGUGCACGGGCCCGCUCUACCUGCCCAGGCAGGAAGCGGACGGCAAGCUUUACGUGCGCUAUCAGGUCCUGGGUCGCAAUCACGUCGCCGUGCCGACGCACUUCUUCAAGGUGCUGAUCCUGGAGCAGGUCCAGGGCGAGGGGGUGGAGCUUCGAUCGUACGUUCUCCCAAACGAGCCCGUGGAUGAGAAGAUUCCUCUGGAGCGUUUUCUGGUUCCCAUAGAAACCAUCGAGCGGGCCUCGGGACUCCUGUUCGUCCCCAACAUCAUGAAGAGGAGCGGCAGUCUGCACGCCAUCGCCUCCAAAUGACCCUCGCCAUCCAACCUUCUUGUUUCAUACUGCAGUCCUAGUAAGAGCCAAUUAUAUUGGAUUUCUGUCCCAAAUAAAGCUCAUAGUUUCUUUAUGGAUGUUCAUAUUUGUGACAAGAUGGCCAUAAAGUCUUGAACACUACAUAAGCAAAUAAAACAUGUGGAAACGAUGAAAAGUUUGAUCAUAGA